GACCAUAAUCAUCUCAUCACAAACACAAACCAACAACAAACACUAGAAAGCAAAAGAAGAAAAAGCUUUAAGUUCUCAAGCAAGCGCAUACAUGGCACCGAUGAAGCAGAGUAUCUCUGCUGCUCUUUUCUCAUCACCACUUCUGAUCAUAUGUCUUAUCGCAUUGCUAGCUGAUCCGGUUUCAGUCGGUGCUCGCCGGUUACUGGAGGAUCCUCAACCGGAGAUACCAAAAUUGCCUGAGCUACCUAAAUUCGAAGUUCCCAAGUUUCCAGAGCUCCCUAAACCAGAGAUGCCAAAGUUACCUGAAUUUCCAAAGCCUGAGCUACCAAAGAUGCCAGAGAUUCCAAAGCCUGAACUACCCAAAUUUCCAGAAAUUCCGAAACCUGAGCUCCCAAAGGUACCGGAGAUUCAGAAGCCUGAGUUGCCCAAGUUUCCAGAGAUUCCAAAGCCUGAACUGCCCAAGCUUCCAGAGAGUUCAAAGCCUGAGGUGCCUAAGUUGAUGGAAACUGAAAAGCCUGAAGCUCCUAAGGUGCCAGAGGUUCCAAAGCCAGAGUUGCCAAAGAUGCCUGAAGUUCCAAAGCCUGAGUUACCUAAGAUGCCGGAGAUUCAGAAGCCUGAGGUCCCAAAGGUGCCAGAGAUUCAGAAGCCUGAGCUACCAAAGAUGCCCCAGAUUCAAAAGCCAGAGUUGCCUAAGGUGCCGGAAGUUCCAAAGCCUGAGCUACCUAAAAUGCCAGAGAUUCAGAAGCCGGAGCUGCCUAAGGUGCCAGAAAUUCAAAAACCGGAGUUGCCGAAGGUGCCAGAGGUUCCAAAGCCUGAGUUACCCAAGGUGCCAGAGAUUCAGAAGCCGGAGCUUCCCAAGUUCCCAGAGAUUCAGAAGCCGGAACUACCAAAGAUGCCGGAGAUUCAGAAGCCUGAGGCUCCUAAGGUGCCAGAAAUCCCAAAGCCGGAGUUGCCGAAGUUACCAGAGAUUCCAAAGCCUGAACUACCAAAGGUUCCAGAGAUUGCGAAACCUGAACUUCCCAAAAUGCCCGAGAUUCCAAAACCUGAGCUACCCAAGAUGCCUGAACUUCCCAAGUUGCCGGAAUUCCCAAAAGUUCCCGGUACUGCUUAAGCUUAAGCGUUAUUGAACCAGAAGAAGGCCCAACUACUAUCAAGCCCAUUCCACGAUCUUAAAUUAUCGUAUUACCCUUCUAUUGUUUGUCAUUUUGCAGAGAUGUCUCCCACCUGUGUCUGUCCACAUCGUUUCCUAGUGAACCGAACUUUUUAUGAUUUGGUCUCAUAGUCAUAGUUCUCUGCUCUCUAUCUGUUUUGGAUAAAGUUUAUACUCUUAUACUUGUAUUCUGUUUGUAUUUGUAUGUAUCAUACAAAUUUCGAUGUAUUUGAUUUGAUAUACUUUUUUUAAUGGAUUAUGUUACUUAUUUAA